AUGGCUGAACGCAAAGGCGCCUACGGCGGCGCCCCCGCCAGCGACACCUCAUUCCGCAAAACCUGGGAUCGAGAGGAAUACGCCCAAAAAGCCGCCGAAAGAGAACAACGCCUCAAAGACGAAGGACGCGCAAAAUACGAAGCCGCGGCUGCGGGCAAAAAGUUCCAUCGACGGGCUAGCACACCACCCGAUGCUCGCGAUACCGAAGCACGAAAAGCACGACUAGAUGUGUCGGCGCAGAUUGGCAAGACCAUGCUAGUGCCUGCGGGGUCUGCAGUUGGCAAAAGAGGAAAAGGCGCUGGUUUCUAUUGCGAUGCUUGUGAUUUGACAUUCAAGGAUAAUUUACAAUUUGUGGAGCAUUUGAAUAGCAAACAGCAUUUGUAUGCUACAGGACAAAGUGGAGAAGUCAAGAGAGCGACGUUGGAAGAUGUUGUUGAGAGGCUGGAGUGGUUGAAGAGGAAGAGGGAAGAGGAAAAGGCAAAAGAGACUGUGGAUUUGGGGACGAGGUUGGAGGUUGCGAGGGAAGAGGAGGAGAGGGAGAGGGCGGAGAAGAGGAGGAGGAGGAAUGAGAAGAGGAGGAAGAAUAAAGGGGAUGAUGGGGAGAGGGAAGUUAAGGUUGAGGUUGAGAAUGAUGGGGUUAUCUGUUGA